AAGACACGAAUGAAAAGAGGCCCAAAUACACGCAGAUCCAGACGGCCAAGGCUCCCAGCGGCAUCAUGUCCAAGAAAACCGACGAGCGCAAGAAAAACGUCGUCGUCGUCGGCGGAGGCUUCGCCGGCAUCGACGCCGCCAAAGGCCUCGCGAAGCAGCUCGACCACGCGCAGUACAACCUCGUACUUCUCAGCGCGCGGCCGUACUUCGUGAACAUCGUCGCCGCGCUGCGGACCGUCGUCUCCUCCGCCGGGCAGCUGGAGGAGAAGGUGCUCGUGCCCUACGACCGGCUCCAGAACGUGGCCUUCGUCCAGGGCCGGCUCGUGGAGAUCGCGGAGACCGCGCCCGGCAAGGGCGGCGUGCUCGUCCUCGCAGACGGCGACCGCCUCGAGUACGCCGCUCUCGUCCUCGCGACGGGCUCGACGUGGCCGUCUCUCAUCGACUUUGGCGACGCGGACGAGGAGGUGCGCGAGAAGAUCGGGGUGUGGCGCCGGACGUUUGCCCAGGCGAAGAACGUCGUCAUCGCAGGUGGUGGCUCGGUCGGUAUCGAACUCGCAGGCGAGAUCCUCGACGCGUACCCGAACACGAAGGUCACCAUCGUCCACAGCGGCACGCGCCUGCUGAACGACGCCUACCCGGACAAGUUCCGGGACCGCAUGGAGCAGACGGUCCGCGCGCGCGGGGUCGCGCUCGUCGCCGAGGACUACGUCGAUGUCUUCCCCGAGCCGCUCGCGACCACCGACGUCGUCACGCGCGCAGGCAAGAUAAUCAGGGGCGCCGACCUCGUGAUCCCCGCGUUCGGCGCGCGCCCGAACACAGGCGUCGUCGCGACGCUCGGCGGCGGCGUGCUCACGGCGUCCGGCCACGUCCGUGUCGCGCCGACGCUCGAGGUGCGCGGGCACCCGGGCGUGUACGCCGCAGGCGAUAUCGUCGAGUGGCGUGAGCAGAAGCAGGCGGGCAAGGCCAGCGCGCACGCCGCCGUCGUCGUGCCGAACGUCGUGAGUUUCCUCCGGGACCAGCCCCAGGCGAAGGUGUACGAGGGCUCGAGGGAGAUGAUCGUCAUCCCCGUCGGAAGGGCGUAUGGGGCCGGGUACUUUGAUGUGCUCUGGGGUAUCGUUGUGGGCAAUUGGCUCACUAGCGUGCUGAAGGGGAAGGAUCUUAUCGUUGGCAUGAUACGGGGAAGGCUCAAUUAUUAA